AUGGCUCGUAUAUGGCCUGAGCGUUUUCCAAAGAGGCCUUACAAGAAGCUGCAUGCUCGUGCCUCUGGCCCAUUUUGCAUUUCCAAGAAGUUAGGGCCCAAUGCAUACUUAUUAGAGUUACCUCUAGAUAUGGCUAUCAGUCCAGUAUUUAAUGUUGAGGAUCUUGUUCCUUACCGGGGCACUUUCGAGCCGCCCCCUUUGUGUUCUGAUGAUUCUGCAGGUACCUCGACCUACCAAGCCCCAACUCCACCGUUGCCCAAGGUUGCGCCGCCCACCCCAGCCAUUGAUGCCGUGAUGGAUGAGCAGAUGAUAUCCACUCCAGCAGGUCCCAUUAGUCGUUACCUCGUUCGUUGGAAAGGCUGCACUGAUGCAGAUGCCACAUGGAUUACUGAGGACGAAUUUCGUCGUAUGGACCCCGCCUUCCUUGAUGACUUCCAGCUGUCCAACUCUCCAGUGGCGAGUUCUUCCAAGCCGGGGAGAAAUGAUGCAGAUUUUAAUUUAACUAAUUAA